AACUUACUAAUCAAUCAACAUAACUUUUGGCAUUGUAAAGCUCACUGAUGAAACAGAGGCAAACAACAUUGGGAAAACUACGACAUCAGAUAAACUUGCAAUACCAACUUCUGUUUUAGAGAAUAUUGAGGAAAUAGGAAGACAAAGGAAACCUGCAACAGAGGGAGCUACAAUUAAACAAGAUUCCCAGGUUGUUAAACAAAAUAAUGAGAUGAAUGAAGAGAAGACAGAAAUAGGAAUUGUUUCAAACAAUAGAGUUGAGGUUACGCAAGCUUCUACAGAUCCUCGUACAAGAUUGGAAAAGUAUAAGCAGUUCGUUGAUCUCAAUGAUUCACAAAUUUCUCUGCUAGUGGAGGCGAUAGCAGCAUAUCCUCAUCUUUGGAAUUCCUGUGAGAAGUUCAAUGAUCGUUUUCGAGCUUGGAUGUUGAAAACAUUGGCAGAUAUGUUGUUGUUCCUUCGAAGUGAAAGUGUUGGUAGUGUUGAUCCUGAGAGAGAAAAGGAGUUCCUUGAACUGUGUGAUGAAGCUGUUCAACUUGGAUUUGAGAGGUCGUGGGUUGAUGAUAUGCGUCAACGUGUUGUGGGAAGGGAUCAUAAGUUGGAGCAUGCAAGGGCACAAAUUGGUGAGCUUCUUAAAAGACAUCAUCAUUUAACUCAGGAACUAGACAGUAUAAAGGUGCCAAUUGGUGAACUUGUUAAGAGACACGAUCAUUUAACUCAAGAACUGCACAAUAUGAAGAAAGAACUUAGGAGUAUUAAUGACUUUUUUGAUGCUCCCACAAAAUGUUUCGACUUUUUGUGAUUUGGAAGUUCUGGUCAAACACUUUGGUUUUAUGUAUUUUAUGUUUCUCUGAGACAUACAUUUAGUCUUAUUUGGAUUCUUCUAAGAAUGAGUGUGAGUUUCUGAAUACACUGUUAUAUAUGGGGUGGAUAAAGCAAGAUGUUU